AAUAACACUGAUGUCUGUGGUAGGAGGAGUGUUCGUUGUUUUUGCAAUGAUGGCUCUCUGUUAUAGAUCGGUUGUUGUACAUAAGAACUUCUCUCUUUGUUUAAGAAAAAAAAACACAAUUCAGAAAUUUGAUCCACCUUACUCAAAAAAGAUAACUCAGCAAUGUUUUAGCUCACCUACUAGUAAUCAGAACUCUGAAAUAGCAGCCUUAGAUAGUGUUAACAAGAUUCUUAAAUUUGGCACCAUGCCUCAUUACAGGGAUCACAACCCACAGCUGAAAAGACUAGGAUGUGAUGAGAAUGAUGGAGGUACGAGAACCGAAGAUGUUGUCUCUUUUAUUGAUCUACCACUUAACAGUCUGACAAAGUUACCUGAAAAAGGAAUUUUAAAGAAACACGGUGGUUACGGUAUUGUAGUCUGACUGAUAACAUUGUAAAAAAUAAUUCUCUUGAGAAAUAAUCAGAUAG